CUGGAUCAAAUCCGACUGAUGUACACCGUGGGCUACUCUCUGUCGCUGGUGGCUCUGCUGGGGGCCCUGGUUCUGUUGGGAUGUUUCAGAAAACUCCGGUGCAUCCGCAAUUUCAUCCACAUGAACCUUUUCCUCUCUUUCGCGCUCCGCGCUGUCUCCAUCCUUUCCCGGGACGGCCUUCUCUGGCUCCACUUCUCCAAGAACGUGCGGAACGAAGAAGCUCUUUCCCACGCUCCGAUGCAGCAGGCUACUGUGGGCUGUCGGGUGGCGCAGACCCUGAGUCACUACUGUGUCGGGGCAAACUACUGCUGGCUCCUCGUGGAGGGCCUUUACCUCCACAACCUGCUGGGGCUGAAAGCCUUCUCGGAAGAGAGCUACUUCCCAGGAUACCUGCUUCUUGGAUGGGGGGCACCGAUCCUGUUUGUCAUCCCCUGGGUGAUUGUGCGAUACCUCUAUGAAAACAAGGAAUGCUGGGAGAGAAACGACCACAUGGGCUACUGGUGGAUCAUCCGUUGCCCCAUCCUGCUCGCCAUCUUUGUCAACUUUGUGAUCUUCAUCCGCAUCAUUAAGAUAUUGGUCUCCAAACUCCAAGCGCAACAGAUGCACUAUGCGGAUUACAAAUUUAGGUUGGCCAAGUCGACGCUCACUCUCAUCCCCCUGCUGGGCAUCCACGAGGUGGUCUUCGUCCUGGUCACCGAGGAGCAAGCCGGGGGGCUCUUGCACUAUGUCAAAUACUUCUUUGAGCUCUUCCUCAACUCCUUCCAGGGGCUGCUGGUGAGCGUCCUCUAUUGCUUCAUCAACAAGGAGGUCCAAUCCGAGAUCCAGCGGAAGUGGCAGACGUGCCAGCUGGCUGCCAGCCUGCUGAAGAAACGGGGCCAAAGCCGUGGUACCUGGAUGUCCUGGCGCAGCCGGAGCAGCGGCAGCACCAACCACCAAAAGGACAUGGCCCCCAACCUCCCAGGCCAUCCCAAAGAGAAAGCUCCCCCCAAGGUGGCCGUCUUGCACCGGACUCCCCUGGGCGGCAAAUCCUGCUGGUACCUCCCCGUCAGGAUGAAGACCGAAGACCGGGCAGGGGGUUUCCCCGAUGCCAAGCGGGCGGUUCCGAGCCCCCAGAACAGCUACUGA